AUGGAAUCAGUCGGCGUUGCACAAUCCAAGCUUUCUGUGGAGGACGGUGUGCUCUGGUAUCACGGAUUCCAGAGCUCAAAGCUGCCCCCUUAUCUCCUCCGGUCACCAAGCCUUUCUCUGAGACAAUUGUUGGAGAAGCUGGACCGUCGAGAAGUGUCUGGACACCACAAACUGACGCUGCAAGUCCAAAUCGUCAAAGCUUUCUGGCAGUUCUACGCCUCGAGCUGGAUGCAGAGGACUUGGAACAAGGACCUGGUCCACUUUCUCUUUCAAAGGAGGGGACAGUCGAGUCAAGAGAUCAAAGUCGACGACCCAUUUCUCGAAAUCCGAUUCGACAUGGCUGCCCCAGGACAGCAGAGGGUUGAACAAUACCCAUACUUUACGUGGCCGCCCAUCCACUCUCUCGGCGUCAUCCUCUUGGAAAUCGAGCUUGUAGACUGCAUUGAUCGCGCUGUCCAAGAUUAUGGAUUCUUGUCAGAGUCUACAGGCCGGCCGAAACAAAAUGCCGAGCUUUUUGCCGCCGAGUACGCUGUCAAGUGCGAUCACAUUCUGGACAAUGAUGAAACAUACCCUGAGGUGGCAUCAUCAUCAAAUCCUGCCUUGAUGCGACAUCGGAUCUCAAUCGGCUACACAACCGCAGCGGUUACAGGCGGUCCAAAGUUCGACACUGCACAGUCCAGUAAACGCCAACCAGUCGGAAACUCGGUCUCAUAG